GACGACUGUGCUGAGGAAAGACAUUUAAUUGUUAUUGUUAGCAGGCAGCUCAUUAGCAAAUACAUAAUCGUACUGAAAAGCAUUGAAAACUGUUUUAUAUGCGAAGACGGAGGAGUCCAGGACCGCCGAACGGUUUGUGCACGAUGUCUGUGUGUUAUGAAAGCAGAAAGGCUGCAUUAACGACAACAGCUAACCUGACUGCUGCUGCUGCUGGAUUUGGCCAGCUAACGUUUACCAUUUUCCUCUGAGUUCUGGAAACGGAGCACAGCAUCCCCGAGCUACGUUAAUGGCUCUGUUUUUCAUGGGUGACAACUAGCUAGCUGAGUAUUACAUGGAGGAUUCAGUACAAAAUACUACACAGCUAGUAAUAUCUGAGUGUUUUUCGGUGAGGACGGUAGCUGUCUAUCCCUUUUAGUGUUAUGUUUUGGGUCGUUUUUGCCGACUUGCUAAGUUAUAUGCUAAUGAUAUCUGCAGUCACUGGACUCAGGGCGAAGCUCAUGUGAAAAGACAGCAGCAGCAGCUGACAGCUCACUUAGAGGAGCUCCACUACUCUUCUUCACACUUGUCACAGUUGCAGUGGUAUAAAAAGUUUAGCUGCAUGGUUACGAUUAACCACAGUGUUACGCUGCUUAUUUUCACAAGCACAAAACUUUAAAUCCUGACUUUUUUCUUUAUGUGAAAUAAGCCUGAAACACACGGGAUCAAGGCAAUAUGAACGAGGCAGAAACAGGCACUAGGAAGCAUUCUAGUUCGCAGGAGUUGCAAACCCCCAAAAAUGAGGAUGCAUAUGAGAUCUCCAUUCCUUUUGAAGAGAACAACUAUGAGCAGCAGGGCGGCUUUUACAACCAUAGUGAACAGAGCUUCGAAGGUAAUGAUCCUCCAGCUCCUGCAAGCUCCUACUUGCUGAUCACAAACCUGCGCACCCAGCUGCAGAUCUCCCUGGAGAAGAACUCAUGGCUGCAGAAACGCAUUGAAGACCUGGAGGAAGAAAGAGACUUCCUGCGCUGUCAACUCGACCGCUUCAUAUUCUCCACCAAGAGUCAGGAGAGCAAUGGUAAUGAUUCUCGCAGUUUUUCGUGGAGGAGGCGACGAGACAAUGAACAUGAUCAGCAAGCAGAGGUUCAGCAUUCAGCCAACCGUCAGUCAUUCUCUCAGAGGCCUGCCCAGCAGCCCCCAACCAAUGCCAAGGUCAUGAGCUCUGGCUCCGGACCAGUCAGUGCUCAGAUGAGUUCCCUGUUUGGCCCCUCUCACUCUCAGCCUCUCCUACAGGGCCAUGGUGGUGGAAGUGGCAGUAGCAGCAGUAAUAACAACAGACCCAUUAAUGACUUGCAAGAGUCUCUCUCACUUUUGGGAGAGGAGGAGGACUUUUUGGAGGACAGCUAUUUGGAAGAGGAGGAAAUGAUGUCUGGAGGGGAUGUGAUGACAGAAAACAUAACUCUGCAGAAUAUGGGUGCUUCUGGGAGAUCCAGUGCUGGCCACCCUGCCCUGAAGAGGAGGAGGGUCUUCAGAAUAGCCAGAGGGAGAGAAAGGCAGAGAGUGAAAGAUGCUGCUGGUGUGCUAUUCCGCUAUAAGAAGAUCCUAGUCACAUACCAGCGGCUGAAGAACAUGUCCAAGGCCUUCCAGAUCCAUGGUGUGGACCGCAACACAGUGGCAUCUACUACUCCAAUUGCAGAGUUACUCCUGGUGGCACCAGAGAAGCUGGCAGAAGUGGGCGAGUUUGAUCCAUCCAAAGAGAAGCUCUUGGAUUACGCCCGACGCUGCUAUAUUGCCCUGGACCCUCAAACCCUCAGCAAAGUGCAGGCACUGAAGAAGAACAACCUCCUGCUGCCAAUCUCUUAUAGGUUAAAAGGAGCAGAUGGGCGGUAAUUGGAUGAGAGCAAGCAACCUCUGUCCUUCUGUAUCAUAGAAUCCCUCGCUGUAUUUUAAUGUACCCUAGAUCACAUUUCCACCCUCUCAACCUCUCCGUUCUACUGUUCAGAUCAGGUGUACUCUAAACAAGCCUGCUGUUGCAGCAUACUGUAUUACCUCUGUUCUUCACUGCAAUGCACACCCACAUAGAGCUGAAAAAAGCUGGGCUUCCUCAAGAAUGCUCACCGGAUGGCCAUUUCGGUAAAGACUGCCUCACUUGUAUUUGUGAGCAUAUUUCAGUCUUAGACAUCAGUGUAUUAUGAGCUCUAUGGUGUCAUGUGUUGUUUUGAAGUACUGAAGUACUAUAUCAGGGGUUCUUAACUCCAGUCCAGAAGGCCAGUGUGUGUUGUUGUCUGUAAGUAUGUGUUGGUUGUUCAUUUCUCUCAGCACUUACCUGACUGCUGAACUGUUCUCUCAUAGCCUGAGAGUGUUGUAUGGUGUGCUGAGGACCAGUACAUACAUGGUUUGACACUGUGCUAACGUAAGCCAACAUAAGACACCCAUUUUUUUAGGCCUGUUUGGCCUGACCUCCUCAAGUCUGAAUUAUGGUUGUGUUAGUGCAUGUAACUUCCUGAGUCAUGAUCUGUCUCUUGUUAGACACCACUGACUGCUGAGCAUGAGAAAAGACCAUAGUGGAAAUGCAGUUGGUAACAGGCUUUAUGCGUGAGCAGCCACUAAUGGUACAACUAUAGUAUAGCAUAGUUCAGAUGUGUUUGUUUGUGCGCAGAUCAUAUGACCUUGCUCAGUAUAUGUGCGUGUGUGCGUGUGCGGUUGUAGGGCAGACUACUCAUGUCUACUCUGACUUUCCAGAGUCAGGCGAAAGUCAGAAGUUAGCGGAGUAACAGCACUUGUCACCUCACAGUCAUUCUCUUCAUCAGACAGUGUAUUUUGCUUGUACCUCUGAUGCCAUCUUGAUGUCCACUACCAUUGAUUACGGGUUGGGGCCGUUGUAGAUUUCUGUUUCGCCUCAGGAACCAAUCAUUUUCUGUAGACGUUCCAAGUACAGUCUAGUUUUAUCUCGUAACUCUGUGAAGGUUGAUGGCUGUAGUGUUUUUUUCUGCAACUUGUUUUUUUUCUCCAAGUUUUAUCUCACAAGUUGAGAAUAGCCAAGAAACCAUUUAUUCAGUGCUGUUUUUGUCAUGCUGAAAGAGAAAAAUAUGUCCUGUUGAUUGUCUUAUUAUAAAUGACACUAAAGCGAUUGAUUUCUUAUUGAA